UUAUAGCUCUCUCAUCUUUCAUACUACAUCCGUCACUGUAUUCCUACUUUCUUCCCCCUUCUGUCGUCACUCUCUCCCCCUUCAUCGCAGGGUUAUUUAACUUCACUUCCUCUAAACACACGUGCUAAGGAAAACUAAUCACAAUGGGAGACGCUGGAGACUACACCUCUGUCCAGGCCCUUACUGCCCGAAUUCCCAUGGGAUCCAAAGGGAGUUCAUCCUUCUUCCCGAACCUCACUGAUGGAACACUUCUAGGUGAAGAACAGACCGACCGAAUGAUAAUCCCCUUGGACUUGGGGUCGGUGUCCCAGGGAAAGGCUCUGACUGCAUUCUGCGUACGACAUGGACUGAACGUUCUGAGUGUGCUGAAUGUCGCCUGGGCGACGGUGCUCUCCGCAUAUGUCGGCAGCGAGACUGUAGGGUUUCUCUUUGUUAGAUUCGUCGCCGGUGUGCCACAUGUAGGCGUCUACCAGACGGAGAUCGACGGGGCAAAGACGGUGCUGCAGACGCUCGUUGACGCGGAGGAGACGCUGCAGGCUAGUAUUUCGACAUCUGCCCUCAUGACACCGACCGAAUUUCAGGAAUUCGCCGCCCGGGAGGGCGGUCCAGCUUUCAAUAGCGUUUUAAUGCUGUAUGACCGAGAAUCUCCAGAGCGAGAAGAGUCGGGCAAUAAUCUUGCUAUUCACGCACGAUAUCUACAGGAUCAGUUUGCCGUUGACCUGCAGUGUCCGACUUCCUUGAUCACCACCCCGCAGGCGAAACACUGUGCAGCGACACUCAGCCAUGUACUCGGUGAGAUCAUCAAAGCCCCUCGCACCCCCCUCACAGAGGUAAGUUUAAUGAGCCAGGAUGGAUUGCAUCAACUCUGGCAAUGGAACCAGAAGAUGCCCCCUGUGGUCUCUCACUGUCUGCACCACCUCAUCGACGACCGUGCCGCUAGAGAGCCCCAAGCAUACGCCAUCGAUGCCCCGGAUGGACGCAUGACAUAUGGCGAGCUACAGAGGCUUACUGAUCGCCUGGCCCACCAUCUUGUGGAUCGGGGCGUGGGCCCAGAAGUGGCUGUGCCCCUCUUCUUCGAGAAGUCCAAGUGGGCAAUUGUUACCAUGAUCGCCGUCAUUAAAGCGGGCGGCGCCAUUGUGAAUUUGGAUGCCAAACAGCCUAGGUUACGCUCGAUGGGACUGAUGGAACAGUUACGGGCUCCAUUGGUCCUCACCUCCUUGCAGUAUGAACCGCUCUGGCAGGGCGACUACAACGUCCUCUCCGUCUGCCAGGAUAGCGUGAUGGCGCUCCCUGCGCAGGAAGCAGCCCCAGCAGUUGCAGUCACUCCGCGGAAUGUCCUAUACAUCAUCUUCACUUCUGGUAGUACUGGGGCCCCCAAAGGCUGUGUGGUGGAGCAUGAAUCCUUCUUGACGGCUGCGACCCAGCAUGUCAAGGUGGGCGAGAUCACCUCGAACAGCAGGAUCCUGCAGAUGACACCAUACACAUUCGAUGUCUGCAUGCUCGAGAUUUUCACAACCCUCACGACCGGUGCCUGUGUCUGCUUCCCCAGCGACGAACAAGCACAAUAUGGGAUCGCGCAUGUUAUCAACACUUUGCGCAUCACUUGGACCUUCAUGACUCCUUCAGUGGUUCGCUUGAUAGAUCCCGUUGACGUGCCUACUCUGAAGACAUUGGCCCUUGGGGGUGAAACAUUGAGCCAAAUCGAUGUUACAACCUGGGCCGAUAAAUUGCAUUUGAUCAAUGGAUACGGUCCUAGUGAAUGUUCCGUCGCAGCCACAAUCAACCCCCAUCUCGCCACGACUGCGGACCCAGCGAACAUCGGGCGCGGCUACGGUGCGGUCUGCUGGGUUGUCCACCCGGACGAUCACAACCGUCUCGUUCCGAUCGGGGCCGUUGGUGAGCUGGUCAUCCAAGGUCCGAUCGUUGCGAGAGGCUACCUCCAUGAGCCCGUGAAGACCGCAGCAGUGUUCUUGGAUGAAGCCCCCGACUUUCUGCAAAAUAUGACCUCCCAGCCACCCCCAUUCCGGCUAUACAAAACCGGUGAUCUCGUGAGAAACAACAGCGACGGUUCGAUCAGCUUCAUCGGACGGAAGGACCGCCAGGUGAAGCUUCGGGGCCAGCGUUUGGAGCUAGGUGAGAUUGAGCAACGCCUCUCCAUGGACUCAAUGGUACGCCAUGCCUUCGUCCUUCUCCCCAAAGCAGGUCCUUGUAAAGGAAGCCUGGUGGCAGUGCUCUCGCUCCAUGCUUUCCCACACAACGGACCGCGAGACGCCAACGUACACGAGCUACCUGCCGACCACAAAAGUCAUGCACGGACAUUGCUACCUGAUAUCUGCGCUCGCCUUGCUGCACAGCUCCCAGGUUAUAUGAUGCCCACCUUCUGGGCUGUGUUGGCCACCCUUCCCUUUACGACAUCCGGAAAGGUCAAUGGUGUUGUCAUGACCCAGUGGGUUCGUGACAUGUCGAAAGAUACUUAUAACGAGAUCGCCGGUAUUGUAGAAGACGAACAAGAAACGAGCGAGACCGCACUUUCAUCCGAAGUGGAGCUUCUCCUACAGAAGAUCUGGGCGGAAGAGUUGGGCAUUGAAGUGUCGCAGUUGAAACAUAAUCGCGCUUUCAUAGCCUUAGGAGGAGAUUCUAUCACGGCCAUGAAGAUAGUGGCACGGUGUCGCCAGGAGCAGAUGAUGCUUUCGGUGUCGGAUGUGGUUCGGGCGAAAAGUCUGAUCGAUUUGGCCUCAAAGACUGUCUUCUCUUCGAAAGUGUCUGUAGAGGACACCAUUGUUGUCCCCCCUGGUUCUACGCCCGUGGGGCGGAUUGCUGCCAUCGACGACGCCUUUUUGUCCAAAGCUGGUCUCCCUAGCAAGGAAGAGGUGGAAGACAUCUACGGCUGCUCCCCAGUACAAGACGGAAUCCUUCUCAGCCAGGUAAAGUUUCCCGGGACUUAUGAAAUCCGCCGUGUUCUCCACGUCCUGUCCAAUUGCGAUGCCACCACCACUGUUAUGGGUCUUCAGCGGUCCUGGCAGGGAGUUAUAGAUCGCCAUCAAUCCCUUCGGACCAUCUUCGUCGAUGCGGGAGGAUCCUUCCAGCAGGUGGUACUCAAGAACGUUACAGCCUGCAUCUAUUGCUGCGAGUACACGGGCUCGGGCGAUGAAGCGGAGGUCACUCGUUUCCUUAAGACUCUCCCCUCUCCAACGUACGGACCCUCGGAUCCUCAACACCGUCUCACCGUUUGCCUCACUGGCGGCGACAACAUCUACAUGAUGGUGGAGCUCAGCCAUGCGAUAAUCGAUGGCGGGUCUACCGAGGUCGUCCUGCGGGAGAUGUCACUCGCCUUUGACGGAAAGUCGCCCACAGAGUCUGCGUCGCUGUACAGUGACUAUAUCCAGUACAUCUCGACCCAGAAACACUCGCAAAGCGACUCGAUGGACUACUGGACCAGAUAUCUCGAUGGAGUCCAGCCGACUAUUGUCCCAAUGUAUCCUCAGAAUGGGAACCAUUCCAGGCAUAUCCAAUCCAUUACCGUUCCCUUCACUGGGGUAAAAGAUCUUUUUAAUUUUUCCGAAGCCCAUGGAGUCACCAUUGCUAAUGUGCUACAAACUGCAUGGGCCUUGGUUCUCCGAGACUACACUGGCUCCGAUGAUGUCUGUUUCGGAUAUGUGGCUUCUGGUCGCGACGUACCGGUUCAAGGCAUAGAACACGCGGUUGGUGCCUUCAUUAACAUGCUGGUUUGUCGGGUGCGUUUGGACCAGCAUGAGGCUGCUCUGAAUGCCAUCGAAACCGUGCAGAAUGACUAUUUCUCCGCUCUGGCCCAUCAACAUUGUUCCCUGGCCCAGAUCCAGCAUGGCCUGAACCUGUCGGGCAUGCCGUUGUUCAAUACCAUCGUUUCUCUGCAGAAAGCUACCUCGGCGCCGCUGUGUGGAGAAUCCCUCUCCUUCCGGGCCCUUGAAGAAGAUGACCCGACAGAUUUCGACAUUACCGUUGCCAUCGACGUAAGCAACGAGGAUGUUCAAAUAUCUAUCGGUUAUUGGUCCUCUUUACUAACACAGGGCGAUGCAAUCAACCUAGCAAACACAUUUAGCACCGCAAUUUCUCGUGUUGUGGAUCAUGCCAGAGUUAAGCUCACCGACAUUGACCUGUUCGAUGAAAAGGAUCGCGCUCAGAUCUUUGAGUGGAACAAGGUUGAGCCAGUUGGGGAGUCAGGAUGUGUGCAUGAAUACUUCUACGAGCAAGUCUCGAAGCAACCAGAUGCCCAAGCAGUCUGUGCGUGGGAUGGCGAAUACACCUAUUCUCAACUUGACCUGUUGUCUGAAAAGCUAGCCCACCACCUGGCACAACUUGGGGCAGGACCGGAGGUGCUCAUACCCCAUUGCUUUGAGAAGUCGAAACUGGCGACAGUGACCAUGUUGGCGAUUAUGAAGUCUGGUAGUGCUGGUGUUGGUUUGAGCUCUGCGCAUCCGAUAUCUCGCAUUCAGGAUAUCCUAGAUGGUUGCCAGGCACGUAUCGCGGUGGUUGCCGCGCAGCACGCCAAACUGCUUGAAGGCCUCGUGCAACAUGUUGUAGUCGUGGACGAAGCCUUUCUUGAAUAUCUCCCUGCUCCUACCCACAGCGCUUCACUCCCUAAGACCCAGCCAUCCAACCCAGCUUUUAUAUCGUUCACGUCCGGCAGUACAGGAAAGCCAAAGGGCAUCAUCCUCGAGCAUCGAUCCCUAAUCACUAGCAUUCAAGCCCACGGGUCCGAAUGGGGAGUUAACGCGGGCUCGCGUGUUCUGCAGUUCUCGGCCUACGCAUUCGAUGCCAGUGUUUCCGACACGUUCACUACGUUGAUCCGUGGUGGCACGGUUUGCAUACCGUCCGAAAAAGAUCGAGUGGAUGACUUGGCUGGUGCGAUCAACAGGCUCGGCGCCAACUGGGCGUUCCUGACUCCCCGUGUCCUCAGCCUGCUUUCACCACAAAGCGUGCCCACUCUGAAAACAGUCGUCCUUGGGGGCGAAGCAAUCUCGCGCGAAGAUAUCUCCCCAUGGGUCGAUGCUCUAGAGUUGCGUAUUGUCUAUGGACCUACAGAAUGUACCAUCUACAGCAUGGGAACAGACCCCCUGACCAGAGACAGUGACCCGGCCGGACUGGGUCAUGCCGUCGGAACUCGUCUUUGGGUGACGGAUCCCGAGAGUACUGACAAGCUCCUUCCUGUUGGAUGUAUUGGCGAGUUGGUCAUUGAGGGACCAUUGGUCACCCGUGGAUACCUGAACGAGCCCGAAAAGACGAAAGCAGCCUUCUUCGAAGAUCCAGCCUGGUCGCCGAUGGUGGAGAAAGAAAGGCCGUGCCGAUUCUACAAAACAAAUGAUUUGGUUCGCUAUUACCCGGACGGUCAGCUUCGGUUUAUUGGUCGUAAGGAUACCCAGAUCAAGGUCCGGGGCCAGCGUGUUGAGUUGGGCGAAAUUGAGCAUGCGAUCUUGGAGAAUCUGCCGGGUGCUACACAUGUCACCGUUGACUCAGUCACUUUGCCUCCUCAAACAUUGGUAGCCUUUCUCAAGAUGAAGGAGCACAUGCCCAUUGGAGGAAAUGGGCCCUUUGCUCUACUGUCUCCUGAAUUCAGGGCGGAACUGCGGGCUCUCGAGAAAGUACUCACAGAGACGUUGCCAACAUACAUGAUUCCCAGUUUGUUUAUCCCAAUUUCUCAAAUACCCAUGACGAUUUCCGGCAAGGUCGAUCGAAUCAUACUCCGCGGCGCCGUCUUUGGUCUUUCGCGCGAGCAGAUGGAGAUGUACGCGUUAGCCGACCAGGACAAAGCCGCCCCUCAGACCAAGCUAGAGGAGCAGCUACAGGUCUCAUGGGCCACUGUUCUAGGAAAGGAGCUCAGCGCCGUGGGUCGCAAUGAUAACUUCUUCAGACUGGGAGGGGACUCCAUUGUCGCUAUGAAAUUGGUUGUCGCAGCUCGGGAAGUAGGGCUCUUGUUAACCGUCGCUGAUAUUUUCCGGUACCCGGACCUGUCUGAAAUGGCCAAACACGUUGAACUCGCUAAGGUGGACUAUCAUGAGAAUUUUUAUGAGCCGUUUGCCAUGUUGCACAGAGUUACCGACGCCAUGGAGCUGCUGGAGGCGGCUGCAGGCCAUUGUUCCAUCGCACGCAGCGACAUUCAGGAUUUGUAUCCUUGUACCCCUCUUCAGGAGGGUGUCUUUAUGAUGUCAACCACCCAUGCCGGUGCCUAUAUUGCCCAGUCUGCUUUCCGGCUGCCAGCGGGCUUUGAUAUACAGAGAUUCAAGAACGCCUGGCAACUUUUGGUGGACACUCAUUCUAUUCUACGUACCCGCAUCGUCAUCAUCGAUACUACGUCAUACCAGAUUGUGUUGACAGAAGAGGCUGCUAAACUAGAAUGGCAGGAAGAAUCUUGUUUGGAGGAAUACCUCAAGCGUGACCAGGUCACUCCUAUGGCCAUCGGCACACCCUUGACGCGCUAUGCCAUAGUUGAAGAUGGUGAAUGCUCGAUCUUCGUCUGGACAGCCCAUCACGCCGUGUAUGAUGGCUGGACGGUUCCACUUUUGUUUGAACAGCUGGAACAGAUCUAUAGAGAUGAUGUCAAGCCUUGUGGAGUGACGCCUUACUCUAAGUUUGUAGAAUACAUUCAAGACACCGAGCCUGAGGCGUCACAGGAGUUUUGGCGUUCGAUGGCUCCUCAAGUACCACCCUCUUCCUUUCCCCGGCUGCCAUCUGAGACCUACCGACCCCGAGCAAAGAAAGCCUGCUCUCGGAAUGUCGAGGUAACCUUGGUGCAUGAGUCCAACUUCACUAUGGCUAUCCUCCUGCGAGCAGCAUGGGCUAUUGUCAUGGCACGGUAUACCGACUCAGAGGAUAUUGUUUAUGGACUCACACUUUCGGGACGUGAUGCUCUCGUCCCCCACAUCGAGCGCAUCGCUGGUCCGACCAUCACCACCGUUCCUAUGAAUGUCCACCUGAACCCCGAUAUGCCCCUCCAGAGCUUUCUUGAGAGCCAACAAGAACAGAAUAUCGAGAUGAUGAACUUCCAGCAUGUCGGUCUGCGAAAUAUUCGCAGUAUCAGUCCCCAGGUGUCGACUGCGACGGAUUUCACAAAUUUAUUCGUUGUCCAGCCGAGGACAGGUGAUAAGCAAUUGUUUGCUGAGUUCCAGAGUGUGCCAACGGACAUGACGCGGUUUGAUCCCUAUGCUUUGAUCGUAGAAUGUAAUCUCGGCGAUGGCCACAUUAACUUGGAAGCCCGGGUCGACGAUGAUAUCUUGCCGGUGGCCCUGACGGAGAGACUCCUGGGCCACUUUGAACACGUCUUGCGGCAAAUCACUCGGCCGUCCACCGACGCAAAGCUUGGGGACAUCAGUUUGUGUAGCAAAGAUGAUGAAAAGCAGAUCUGGGAAUGGAACAGUGUGGUGCCAACCGCAACCAACGAGUGUGUGCACGACAUAAUCUCCCAACAGGCUGUUCUCAACCCUGGAAACAUGGCUAUUGAGGCAUGGGACGGAAAUUUGACUUAUCAUGAGCUCGACGAGCUGUCCUCAAGAUUAGCUUGCCACCUAUCCACCAAGUAUUCCGUCAAGCCCGAGACACUGCUGCCCCUGUGCUUCGACAAGUCUGUCUGGACAGUGGUUACUAUGGUCGCCGUGAUUAAAGCAGGAGGUGCCUGCGUCAUGUUGAACCCUGACCACCCAGUUACCCGACUCCAAGCUCUGAUUGAAGACACAGGCUCUCAUGUCGUCCUCAGCUCGCCUGAACAUAAACACAUCUUCAGCUCCGUCUCGGCAUCUGUUGUAGCUGUCACACUAUCUUUCAUUCAGAAACUGCCCCCUGUCUCGGCGUCACAGGUUGCAUUGCUACAUGUCCUACCGAAUAAUCCUGUGUUUAUGAUAUUUACCUCAGGCAGCACAGGAAAACCUAAAGGCAUCAUUGUACAGCACAAUUCUGUUUGCACGGUAGCCACCCAGCAUGGCGAAAGUCUGGGCUUUGGUGGACCGGGAUCACGAGUAUUGCAGUUUGCUUCGUUCACUUUUGAUGUGAGCAUGGGUGAAAUCUUUAUCACGCUGAUGAAGGGAGGUACUCUCUGUAUCCCCACAGAGCAUGACCGAGUCAAUAACCUUGCUGGAGUAAUCAACUCUAUGCGGGUAACAUGGACCUUCAUGACUCCGACAGUUGCUGCCCUUCUGGAUCCCAAGGAAGUUCCCCAUUUGCAAACGCUGGUUCUGGGUGGUGAAGCCGUUUCGCAAAGCCUGGUCGAUCGCUGGGUAAACCAUGUUAACAUGAUUGACUCCUACGGACCAGCCGAGUGUACCAUCUGGGCUUCACAUGCCAACCCAGGUGAUAAGGUCUCUCCCGCAAAUAUCGGUCAGGGUAUCGGCUGCCGGUUCUGGGUCGUGGAGAGCUCGGACCAUGACCGCCUUGCCCCUGUCGGCUGCGUGGGUGAACUGCUCAUCGAAGGGCCGAAUGUCUCGCGAGGUUAUCUGAAUGAGGCAGAAAAGACGAGAGCUGCAUUUGUUGAAAGUCCUGCAUGGAUGCAUGGAAAGGAGAUUCCACAAUACAAGUUCUAUCGCACUGGUGAUCUAGUCCGUUACAACACCGAUGGAAGUUUGAAUAUUGUCGGUCGCAAAGACAGCCAAGUCAAGUUCCACGGUCAGCGUGUCGAGUUGGGCGAGAUCGAAUUCCACCUUCGUGCCUGCAAAGCGGUCGAGGCCGGUAUGGUUACUCUGCCCAAGAGUGGCCUGUUCAAAGGAAAGCUCGUUGCGGUGGUGGCGCUAGAACAGUUGCGACCCUUGGCACUCGAAGGCGAUCGCGUCGAGCUGAUUCUCGAUGAUCUAAAGUCUACAGCCCAGCCACUCAUCAUGCAAAUCCAGGAAGAGUUGGCGGGAUUACUGCCUGGCUACAUGGUCCCCUCCACCUGGAUAGUCUUAGACUCUAUUCCGUUGACUGCAUCGCGAAAGAUAAACCGUAUGCCUAUCACUCGCUGGGUCACCAGUGUGACUAAAGAUAAUUAUCGCAAGAUCGUGGAUAUCGCCUCCUCCAGUCUUGAUCUACCCGUGACUGCCGUAGAGAAGCAGUUAGCAGAAGUGUGGAGCCAUGUUUUGAACAUCCCAGAGGAAUCUAUUGGCUUGAACCGAUCGUUCAUGAGCCUAGGCGGAGAUUCAAUCACUGCUAUGCAAGUUGUCUCCCGCUGUAGAGCCAUUGACCUCCAGCUCAGCGUUCAAGAUAUUCUGCUCCCAAAGUCGCUGGCGGCGGUCGUCAGUUGCACAAAAUCGUCAACUGGUAGCGCCACUACUAGGGAGGAACUGUAUGAUACGCCAUUCAGCCUAUCACCUAUUCAGAAUGUCUAUUUCAACGAUGUCGUGCGCAGCAUGGGAGGUAUGCACACUCAGCAUCAUUAUAACCAGAGUGUGUUGUUACGCUUGGCCCGUCCUGUGCCCACAGCUGCAGUAAUGUCUGCUAUUGAGCGGAUUGUGACCAGGAACUCCAUGUUGCGUGCGAAGUUUAUUAAAGUGGAUGACGGCGGGUGGUCACAAAUAGUCCAGAGCAAGCCUAAUGGUUCUUAUAAGAUUGGUUUCCAUACAUCAGCGGGCCGCCGUGAGAUGCUCGAUAUUAUUAACUCCUCUCAACACAGCAUCGACAUUGAGAAUGGACCGGUUUUCGUUGUGGAUCAUUUUGAUCUUUGUGAGGAAAAGAGAGGAGAGGCGAGCCUUGACAGCCAACCCAGCCAGCUCCUUUCGCUCAUCGCGCAUCAUCUCGUCGUUGAUGCUGUCUCCUGGCAUGUUAUUGUCGGUCAAUUAGAAACCUUGCUGUCGACCGAGGAGAGCAGCCCUCAUGCUUCUAUACCGUUUCACAGCUGGAUACAAGAGCAGUGCAAAUUCGGAGAGCAACUGGUCCCCAGGUCAGUGCUGCCCAAUGCUAUACCCGCUGCCAACCUUCAAUACUGGGGUAUGCAGCAGUUACCCACAUGGGAAAAUGUCGAAGAGGCUCGCUUCAUCAUAGAUGAAAACAUCACCUCACUUCUGCUUGGAGCGGCCAACACAGCAUUGCGGACCGAACCCAUCGACAUACUCCUGGCGGCAAUUCAGCAAUCCUUUACCCAGACGUUUACAGACCGUACAGCACCUGCCAUCUUUAGCGAAGGCCAUGGCAGAGAACCAAUGGAUAGGUCUAUCGAUCUUUCGGAAACAGUAGGAUGGUUCACCACAUUUUAUCCUGUACACAGACGCGUUAGGAGGGACGAAAGCAUCAAGGAGGCCGUCAAGCGAACAAAAGAUGCUCGUCGUGCCUUCAAGGAUCACGGAUUUUCGUACUUUAGCUGCCGUCACUAUAGUACCGAAGGUCGUAAGGUUUUUGGGGAUCACAGGGCCAUGGAAAUCUGCUUCAACUAUUUUGGACAAGCACAGCAACUAGAGCGAGGUGAUGCCUUGUUCAAGCAAGAACCACUUCGUGCGGGUGAGGCAAUCCACAACAUUGGUGAGAGUAUGGGCCGUUUGGCUGUUUUCGAUAUCACUGCCGCUGUUUCCUUCGGCCGACUUGUCAUCUCGUUUUUCUUCAAUCACGACAUGAACCGUCGGGAUCAGGUACACCAUUGGGUAACCCGAUGUGAACAAGCUAUUCAGGCUGCUGUCGAUGACCUAGUGCCUAGCUCAGUGGAGCAUACUCUUAGCGACUUCCCGCUCAUGAGGAUCAGUUACCUGGAUUUAUCGACCUUCACAAAUACGAUCCUGCCAGCGAUGGGCAUUUCGCCCGACAACAUCGAAGAUAUGUACCCUUGCUCACCAAUACAGGAGGGUAUACUUCUCAGCCAGGCUCGUCAGCCGGGCACGUAUGAGGUUCGCCAACUCUUUGAAGUCGUUCCUAGAUCGGAUGUCGGUGCCGUGGACGUCCUAUACCUACUGAAAGCAUGGCAGCGAACUGUAGAUCGUCAUCCCAUCUUGCGAACGGUCUUCAUAAAUUCAUUAUGUGGAGACGGGGUCUAUGACCAGCUUGUACUGCGAUCGCACCAAGCCACGGUUGAACAUCUUACGUGCGCUGGAACUGAUGUUGUCCCGUUUGUCCAAAGCCAACAACCACCUGAUUACACUAAACCGGUUCCUGCCCAUCGGCUGAUUAUUUGUGAAGGGCCUUCAUCAGUCUAUUGUCAACUUGAAGUCAGCCAUGCCCUAAUCGACGGCACCUCAUUGGCGCUCUUGAUCCGUGAUUUUAUAUCUGCCUAUGAAGGCACACUACCCGCAGGAUCGGGACCGCUCUACAGUAAUUACAUUCGCUACCUGAGUACACUGUCUACUUCUAGCUGCCUGAACUACUGGACCGACCGUCUGGCUGAUGUGAAGCCAUGCAAAUUUCCUAAUUUGCGUACUGCGAACGGCGACAGUGGGUCUGAGAUCGAGACUUUCAGAUCUUUAGUCACCACUAUUGACAGAGAUGGAAAAUUGCAAAGAUUCUGCGAGUCGCAGAACAUCACCAUGAGUAACCUUUUCCAGGCUGCCUGGGGCUUGGUUCUCCAGGCCUACACAUGCAACAAAGAUAUCUGUUUUGGCUACAUGGCCUCAGGCCGCGAUGUGCCUCUUGACGGAAUCUACGAUGCAGUGGGCCCAUUCAUCAACUUACUUGUUUGUAGACUAAGCCUCGCCAAUGAUGUGUCGGUCUCCAAGCUGCUGAAGGAUAUCCAAUCAGAUUAUAUGAACAGCCUCCCUCAUCAGCAAAUCUCCCUCGCAUCGAUCCAGCAUGAGCUGGACAAUAAGGAUGUCGCAAUGUUCAAUACUCUUCUGUCAUUGCAGAGACAGCCCAGUCAGGGUCCACCUUCACAGGUUGAUUUCAAGGUUGUGGACCAAGCCGACCCAACUGAGUAUGACAUUAAUAUAAGCAUCACCACUGGGGAUGAGCCUGGUGUGGAGAUCCACAUGACGUAUCUGAAGGCCAUCCUGAGUGAUACACAAGCAGAUGACCUGAUGGAUGCAUUCACGAAUGUGCUCAUGGUUUUGGCUGAUGACCCGGAUGUACCUCUUUCGAAGUUGGACGUCAUUCCCCAAUCGUGCCGCGAGGAGCUUGAGAGAAUCAAGACUCUUUGCCGGACAUUGAACGGCCACGCCUUCGAUCUAGCCUCUAUUGAGCAAAAAGUUACGUUGGCCCUUCCAUUUAUGGGCCACGCAAUUGUUGAGGUCAUAGACUUGUAUCAGCAAGGUGGGAAUCAAUCCAUGGCUGUUUUUUACGCCAAGGGUAAAUACACCACUGAGUCCGAGGCCUGCCUGAUGCCUGUCACCGAUGGUGAUCGGGCUCAGUUCACCCAGUUGAAAGAAACACUGCGACAGCAUCUGCCAGAACCAUUAAUCCCAACCCUUUUCUUCCCCGUCAGUGGACUUCCAUUCAUCGCUGGCCACAAAACAGACCGCAUGGCUCUGCAGACACUUGUUUGUGACUUGAAUGAACAGGAACUGCAGCAGUACCGACUUGUGAAUGCCAAGGAAUGUGUAACGUUGACCGCAAGUGAGCGUAUUGUGCUUGAACUCUGGGCUGAUGCCCUUGCAAUCUCGGACAGUAGCAACGUUACCCCAUCCGAUAGUUUCUUCCGCCUCGGUGGUGAUUCUAUCGGUGCCAUGAGACUUGUGGCCGCCGCACGAAAUCACGGCCUUGCUCUCACCAUCAAUUCAAUCUUUCAACAACCCACUCUAUCUGGGAUGGCCAAGGAUCUUCGUCUUCUGGACCAGAGUGAGGAUCGCCAACUGGAGCCUUUCUCCCUGUUGCCACAGGAGCUCAGCCCCGAUCAGCUCACUUCUGAGGCUGCUACGCAGUGUGUGGUUCCACACGACGUCAUCGAGGAUGUUUACCCUUGUACCCCCCUUCAGGAAGGCCUCAUGGUUUUGAACCGGCAAAACACAGCCUCCUAUGUGAUCCAGGAAGUAUUUGCUCUUCCAGACACAUUGGAUAUCCUGCGGUUCAAGGAAGCGUGGGAGCAGGUCGCCGAGCGAAGCACCAUUUUGCGCACUCGCAUCAUUAGCACGUCUGAUGGCUCGUUCCAGGUUCUCCUCAAACAUAUCAUUAUCUGGGAGUCUGGGGACGAUCUUGACGUGUACCUCCAGAAGGAUUCGUCUCGCCCAAUGAAUUAUGGCCAGCCACUGGCACGUUAUGCAAUUAUUUCUACUCCCGCGCAAACCUACUUCGUGUGGACCGCCCAUCACUCGAUCUACGAUGGAAUGACCCUCCCCAUCCUUGUCAAGCAGGUUUCUGCUCAAUAUAGGAACGAAUUCGCCUUGCCAGAGGUUCCUUAUAACCGAUUUAUCAGCUAUAUUCAGGGUAUUAGUCCGGCAUCGGCCACUGAGUUCUGGAAUGCUCAGUUCGCUGAGCCUUCUUUGACAUAUCCUGUUCUGCAUGAUCGCAACUAUCAGCCAAACCCGGACCAGGUGAUUACUCAUUCGUUGAACCUGUCCAGGGCUCCGUCUGAUAUUACCUUGAGCACCGUUCUGAGAGCCGCAUGGGCCGUUGUUCUCGCCGGCCUGACAGAAAGUGAACGCGUGACCUUUGGAAUUACGCUCUCUGGUCGCACUGCAGCUCUCGCUGGUAUCAAUCAGGUCCUUGGUCCUACUAUCGGGACAGUCCCGGUGUGCAUCAGAGUCAAUGAAGACCAAUCUCCUCUUGACUUCCUCCAAACUGUCCAGCAGCACUUCCUGGAGAUGGUACCCUUCGAGCACACUGGUCUACAGAAUAUUCGUCUAAUGAGUGAAAAUGCCAGAGACGCCGUCAAGUUUCAGAAUUUGCUCCUUAUUCAUCCUGGCUCAUCCUCCAUUGCGGGGCCUGACUUUCUGGGACUGACUCGAGUGCCAUGUACAGGCACUGAGGCAGACCAUCCUUAUCCGUUGACCAUGGAAUGUGACCUUCUGGACGACCGUAUUGAUAUCAAAGCUCGUUUUGACAGUAGCGUUGUCUCGAUCGAGGAGAUUAACGGGAUAAUCAAGAGCUACACCCGAGCUAUUCGAAGCUUGAGCGCAGUUCAAGAAACUCGCGGCGAGGAUCAUACUGACACGCUGGAGCAGAUGGGAAUGAUUAGCGAGGACGACCUACAGCAGAUCCUUGCAUGGAACCAGAAUCACCCUGAAAUUAUUGAGUCUUGUGUCCACGACAAAUUCGAGGAACAGGUCCGCAUGAGGCCCGACGCCCCCGCCAUCUCCUCUUACGAUGUUGAACUUACGUACAGUCAACUUAACACCUUGGCCGACAAGCUGGCCUACCAGCUCAAAGUGCGUGGGGUUAAAGCGGAGAUGAUUAUUCCUCUCUGCUUCAACAAGUGCUCAUGGACCAUUAUUGCAAUGUUGGCUGUCAUGAAGGCUGGUGGUGUUUGCUGUAUGCUCAACCCCGAGCACCCUAGAAGCCGAAUUCAGCUUUUGCUUUACGAUCUCAGUGCUCAACUAGUUGUGUGUGACCCCGCAUCAUCAGAAAUGCUCUCUUCGUUACUCCCUGCCUCAGGAGUGCUCCCAAUUGACGGCGGUUACCUGGAAAGUCUUCCUUCCCCGACCGAGCCUAUCGGUGCAAUUGCCGAACCUUCCAAUGCUGUAUUCAUCAUAUAUACUUCUGGGAGCACCGGAAAGCCUAAGGGUAGCAUUAUGGAGCAUCGUUCCCUUGUGACCGGUCUUUUUGCCCAUCUGAAAGAGAUGGCACUCGGCCCUGGUACACGAACCUUCCAGUUUGCCUCGUACACCUUCGAUGUUUGCUUGGAUGAAAUCAUCGGAACAUUGAUGCUUGGAGGAUGUGUUUGUGUUCCGUCAGAGGCCGAAAGGAUGAAUGCCCUUGCGGAUGCCAUGGCCAGAUAUCGCGUUAGCUGGACAGAACUGACCCCCACUGUCGCUAGUCUGCUACUGCCCAGUAGUAUUCCUACCCUCACAACCCUCGUUCUCAGUGGAGAAGCACUGACUAAAGAAGUCGUGAAGAUAUGGGCCAGCUCCGUUCAGAUAAUCAACAGCUAUGGCCCCAGCGAAUGUUGUGUUUGUACCACCUGCAAUGUUGAUACUAGCACUAUCAGAGACCCGAGUAACAUCGGCCGGGGAGUGGGAUGCAGUCUGUGGAUCGUGGACCCGGACAAUGUCGACCGGCUCUUGCCUAUUGGCUCCACCGGAGAGCUCCUAAUUGAGGGCCCGAUUGUUGCCAGAGGAUAUCUGAAUGAGCCUGAGAAAACGGCUGCCGCAUUCAUCAGCGCUCCAUCAUGGUGGAGACCUCACGACCAAGGCACUGGUCGUAUGUACCGCUCAGGUGAUCUGGUCAGGUACAACCGUGAUGGAACUAUUAAAUACAUCGGACGCAAAGAUACUCAGGUGAAACUGCACGGGCAGCGCAUUGAGAUGGGCGAAAUCGAACAUCGCAUCAAAAACGCACUCGAUGACGCCUCGCACCAAGUGGCUGUCGAAGUCCUAACCCCAAAGUCUCGCGGCAGCCUCAAGAUUCUCACGGCAUUUGUUUGUGCUAGUGAACCUGUACCUGGAAACGUUGAUUCCCUGCUUACUCCCCUCUCUCAUUCCCUUCAAAAAGGGUUCCAAACUUUGUACAGUCGGUUGCGGGAGGUUUUGCCAAAGCAUAUGGUUCCUCAACUGUUCAUUCCUAUCUCAUACAUGCCAUUAUCCCCAUCCCGCAAGCUGGAUCGAAAGGCAUUGAGGGAGGUUGGGAACAAUUUGUCGCCGGAGGUACUGGCGUCAUAUGCUCUUGCCCAGGUGGAGAAAAAGGAGCCCUCGACCGAAACACAAAAGGCUCUCGCACGGCUCUGGGCCCGUGUACUCGGCACAGACACUAUCGGCGUAGACGACAAUUUCUUCCACCUGGGUGGGGAUUCAAUUGCCGCGAUGAAGGUUGUCGCUACUGCCACCAAGGCAGGACUGUCUUUGAGUGUAGCCGACGUAACCCGAUACCCAACGCUAAGCGAAAUGGCAGACAAUAUCGAUCGCUCUUCCAAAAUAUUGGAGAUCUAUAAUGCGCCGCCGGAGCCAUUCAGUUUGGUGCACCCCGAUAAAGUUGAUAAUCUUGUGCGCCAGGCGACCGCCCAAUGUGCGGUUGGGGCCGAUGCGAUCGAAGAUAUUUACCCUUGCACUCCUUCGCAGGAAGCAUUGAUGGCACUCACUGCGCGAGACGAAGCGGCGUAUGUGUCGCGAGCGGUCUACCACAUUCCUGUUGAUAUCAACCUGGAGAAAUAUAAACAGGCCUGGGAGACUCUCGCCCAGCGCCAGCCUAUCAUGCGUACUCGGGUCAUCUACACGGACGACUCGCAGUCCUUCCAGGUUGUCAUCGCUGAGCCGCUGACCUGGCGCUCCGAGGAGACGGUGGAAGGGUACCUGAAGGCCGACAGGCUCUCACCUAUGGUCCAUGGUCAACACUUGAUGCGCUUCGCCAUUGUCCAUGGAGACCCGAAAGAUCCCCGCUCGUCGCUAGUCUACACUGCCCAUCACGCCGUUUACGAUGGGUGGAGUGAGGCGUCUAUGUUUGAGCAAGUCGAGAUCAUCUAUCGAGAAGGCUUCUCGGCUUUACCCCCGGUAAUUCCGUACAGUGGAUUCAUCCGGCAUCUCGCGAACACGGAUCGCGAGGCUUCAGAGGCCUUCUGGCGCUCCCAGCUGGAUGGUGAUUUGCCCGCUCAGUUCCCUAUCACUGCUCCCUCCCCCAUGCCUCCCCGACCAAACCAGUCCCGAUCUCUGAUGAUCCGUAUUCCACAGCGGAAUACGUUUACUUUUACCACCCCAACCGUAUUGAAAUCGGCUUGGUCCCUAUUACUCAGCCGCUACACGGCAUCCGAUGAUGUUGUUUUUGGUCAUGUUCUUUCAGGCCGCACUAUUCCGCUUUCUGGGGUUACCGACAUGAUGGGACCGACGAUCGCGACGGUACCAAUCCGAAUCCGUUUGGAUCGAACCCAGACCAUCGGCGAGCUAAUGGGCGGCAUCCAGCAGCAGGCUCUCGAUAUGACGCCCUAUGAGCAGUUCGGUUUGCAAAAUAUUCGUCGUGUGCUCCCCAACGCCUCACCCAUUGCUGAUCUUGGUCAUCUCUUCCUCAUCCAACCCACUUUGGCGAGGUCGGAGCAUGACCUGGGCUUGGAGGCGGUUUCUUCAGUGGACUAUGAUUUCGAUACCUACCCUUUGCUUGUAGAAUGCCAGAUCGCGGAGUCUGAACUCUAUAUCUGCGUUAAAUAUGAUGAUGCGAUCAUACCUGAGCAACGGAUGGGAUGGUUGCUGCAACAUUACGAGAACCUGGUCCACCAACUCUUCCAGCUGCCUUUAAAAACUCCUAUGACAGAUGUUACAAUGGCUGGCCAAACUGACAUGAAUCAGCUUCUCGACUGGAUGGGACCCCCUAUUGGACCUGUGAACGCUUGCGUCCACGAUCUCUUCACCAUUCAGUCCAGAUUCCACCCACAGCACCAAGCAGUGGAUGGGUGGGAUGGUAGUCUGACCUACCAAGAGCUUGACCAUCUAUCGUCUCAGUUCAGCGAUGUAUUGGUUAGUCUUGGCGCCACGACGGGGUGUACGGUAGGUUUGUGCUUUGACAAAUCUAGAUGGGCUAUUGUGUCCCUGCUCGCCGUCUUAAAGGCCGGCGGAGCUUGCGUGAAUCUAAAUCCGAAGCACCCUGUCUCCCGUCUGGCGGAAAUUGCCCUUGAUACUGGCAUACAACAUGUCUUUGCUGCACCGCAGUAUGCUGAUCUAGCUACUGCCAUCGGGUCCAAUCAUGUUCUUAUCGCCGAUACAAUCAUGGCUUCUCAGCUCCCAGCUACCACCGUUGACCCCUCCCUUCCCCGGACAACCGUUGACCCUUCAUCGCCCGCAUACCUCGCUCUUACCUCAGGUAGCACCGGCAAGCCCAAGAGUGUGGUGAUCGACCAUAGAGCUAUCUGUACUAGCAUCAAAAAUCAUGGUCCCGCAUUGAAGAUUACGUCCAGCUCUCGUGUUCUGCAAUUUGCUGCCUACUCAUUCGAUAUUAGCUAUGCAGAGAUAUUCACGACCCUUCUCACUGGUGGCACGGUGUGUGUUAUAUCCGAGCACGACCGGAUGAAUGAUUUACCUGCAGCCAUUAAUCGGGUGUGUGCGAACUGGGCCUGUCUCACUCCGACUGUGGCCAGUCUCCUGUGCCCUACUGAUGUUCCUAGGUUGAAGACGUUGGUUCUCAGUGGGGAAUGCCCCACAGAGGGUAAUCUCAAGGCCUGGGCAGGCAAUAUUGAUACUCUUCUCAACGCUUACGGACCGAGCGAAGCGUCCGUCUGGUGCUCCACGUCGACAUUCAGCAAUCCUGAUGACUCCUUCUCCAACAUAGGAUUCCCUGUUGGCUGUCGGUUGUGGGUUACCGAACCGGAUGAUGUCAACAAGCUCACGCCCUUGGGCUGUAUGGGUGAACUGCUCAUUGAAGGUCCCAUCCUAUCGCAAGGCUAUUUGGGUGAUCCUCGAGCUAGCGCUAUGGCUUUCAUUGAUAAACCCCACUGGAUGCAGCAUGCUUACCCCACGGACGGCUUCACACAAGUCUACCGGACCGGUGACUUGGCCAAAUUUAAUGUGGAUGGUAGCAUUGAGUAUCUGGGACGCAGAGAUACCCAAAUAAAAAUGUAUGGUCAGCGUAUCGAUCCCCGUGAGGUCGAGCAUCACAUUAGACCGCAUAUUCCUUCCCUCUACGAUGUUGUUGUGGAAUCUGCGAUGGUUUCAUCCCGGACCAGGAAAAUGCUGGUCGCAUAUUUCUACAAUGAGUCCAUCCAGGCUCAAGAUGUUGAAAUCAACAAACUGGCAGAUAGCUUGACAGCCGACCUACAGCGGGCCCUCACCACAGUCCAGUCUAAACUGCGCACCACCCUUCCCGGCUAUAUGAUGCCUUCCCUCUUCAUCCCUCUUAGGGCCAUGCCCACCAACUCUUCCGGGAAAGUGGAUCGAAGCGUGCUCAGUCGCAUGGUCGACUCGCUUUCCGAUACCCAAUUGCAGACCUACUCACUUGCCACCGCCAUCAAGAGACCACUCAGCACGGAGAUGGAACUCGCACUGGGUAAUCUUUGGGCACAGGUACUCGGGAGUGAUAGUCUCUCGAUCGGGGCAGACGAUAGUUUCUUUGCCGUAGGCGGUGAUUCCAUUGUCGCUAUGAAACUAGUUAGCCUCGCUCGUACCUCUAACAUCGCCAUGAGUGUCGCUGAUGUUUUCAACUAUCCUGUUCUUGCGGAUAUCGCUGCUCUGGCCGCGGCCAACGCACUAGUCACUCCCGGCGAUGGAAGCCCCCGCCUAUCUCCGAGCAAAGGCCCAUUGUCUUGUGAUCCCGUCCUUCUGAACGCGAUUGCCCUGAAGGUUGGAGUCGAGAAGGACAACAUUGAAGAAAUCUGCCCCACUACUAGCUUCCAGGAUAUCGCGCUGGUCGGCGCCAUGACGCGGACUCGGUGGAUGCUCAACUACUUCUACUUCGAUAGCCCCGAAGCGGCGGAUGUGGAGCGUCUCCGUCAGAGCUGCUUCGACCUAGUGCGCCAAUUCAGCAUUCUUCGCACAGUUUUUACGCAGCAUGAUUCUCGAUUUUGGCAAGUUGUCCUUGAGCAUCUCGAUCCGAUCUUCCUCAUUAUUCCCACCGAUGAUAUUCAGUCAACAACUCAAAGGCUGUACAAGGAAGGUAUGGUGGGUGACCUCCUGAUCGAGGAACCGUUCGUGCAGUUCGUUUUGGUGAAGCAGCGUCGCGGGCUUGCGCAUCGGCUAAUCAUGCGCAUUUCGCAUGCGCAGUAUGAUGGUGUCUCGCUCCCUACCCUCUGGGACGCGUUGCAGCGUGCCUGUGACGGCCAAAUUGUUUCCCCCAGCCCGUCCUUCUCAACCUUCACGUCGCAAUGUCCGGGCUCGGAUAGCCCAGCCGCUAUUAACCACUGGCGUAACCUGUUAGCCGGAUCAACUAUGACUAGCUUUGUGGGACGUCACAAGCCUAGCCUCCGAGAUGUCUCUGAUGAAGUGGUCGCGGUCCGGCGCCAGGUGCCGAACACGCCACUCACAGGUAAGGGUAUCACCUUCGCUACAUUGAUCAAGUCCGCCUGGGCCCUGGUCCUUGCUCGCAUGGCGGCUCAACCGGACGUGGUAUUCGGUCAUACCAUCUCAGGCCGCAACUUGGAAAUCGAGGGCGUCGAUCAGAUCGUCGGUCCCUGUCUUAAUGUGGUCCCCGUGCGUGCUCGCUUCCAAGAUGAUUGGACUGUAAUGGACCUUCUUCGCACCAUCCAGAAUCAGCAGGUGGCCAACAUUCCCUUCGAGUCACUCGGAUUCCGCUCGAUUGUCGAGCACUGCACAGAUUGGCCGCGAUGGAUGCACUUCAGCAGUGUGGUUCAGCACCAGAACAUCGAGUCGGAUCGGGGGAUGGUGAUGGGUAAUUGCCCUUAUGAGCCAGGCUUCAUGGGCUCGGAGCUUGAUCUUAUGGACGUCUCAAUCCUGUCAACCCCCGCAGGCGAAUACGUUGACAUCGAUCUCCUUACAUCAAUGUCCGUGAUGUCUGCGUCCCAGGCGGAGGACUUGCUUGACCGGUUAUGUACAGCAAUCUGCUCUUUAUCGUCGAGCCCCUCCACAGCAGCCUUGCCAUCACUCGAGGAUCUUCAGGCUGGUCCGCCCAUGCUUCCCAUGGCUAUUGAUUUUUCUGUAUCCGUGCCCGUUAGUAUUGUCCGCCGUGCGGAUCCAUCCGAGCUGCGGGCGGCCGUGUACCAGGCGUGGAGGAGCACUUUACCGUCGAUGGAGAAGUCGAUCGUGCCGACGACGGAAUGUUACUUUGCAGCCGGUGGUGACCUUGUGGGAUUGGCACAAGUGCUGGUGCUGCUGCGCGAGCACACAUCCCAACUUCGUCUGGAGGAACUCGUUCAAAAUUCGUCAAUGGAGCAGAUGGUGGAUCUCCUGCUUACCUACUCUCCCCUCGCGACGUAACGGUCGCUUUCUUUUUUCCUGUACAACUAGGUUGAUUAUUCAAUAUUUAGCUAUGUCUGUCCUACUGUGUUUUGUCUGAUUCGUCUCCUUAGCGUGAUUCAUCUUAUAUAUAU